CUUCUUCCUAGUGAUCUGAACAGAAUCAAAUCUCUCUCUCUCUCUGCACAAAAUUCAGGGCAGAGAUAUGGGUGUCAGGACCAACUCAUAUUCCAGCUUUUCACUUCUCUUCCUGUUCUUCACUUUCAACCUCCCCAUCUCCCAUGGAUCCGACACCAUUUCUGCAAACCAGUCUCUCUCCGGGGACCAAACCCUUGUCUCAGCAAAUGGAACCUUCAAAUUGGGUUUCUACAACCAACCAGGUAACUCCUCCAACUACUACAUCUGUAUUGUGUACAAUAAAGUUUCUCUUCGUACAAUAGCUUGGAUAGCAAAUAGGGAUAAACCCAUCUCAGAUAAGAACUCAGCAGUGUUAAAAAUCAUGGAUGGCAAUCUAGUUCUUCUCAAUGAGUCACAGAUACCCAUUUGGUCCACAAAUCAGAACUCCGCCGCUUCAAGUUCUGUGGUGGCUGUUCUUGGGGAUGAUGGUAAUUUGGUUGUCAAAGAUGGGUUUAAUUCAACCCAACCCAUUUGGCAAAGUUUUGAUUUUCCUACUAAUACUUGGUUGCCUGGGGGUAAAAUUGCAUAUAAUAAGAGAACUAGGACUCAUCAGUAUCUAACUUCUUGGAAAAAUUCGGAAGACCCAUCUCAAGGUCUGUUUUCUUUGAGUUUAAAAGCAGAUACCAAGGAGUAUGUGAUAUCGUGGAACGGGUCUGAACAGUAUUGGAGCAGUGGCUCUUGGAAUGGGCAGAUUUUCAGUUGGGUCCCAGAGAUGAGGCUCAAUUAUAAUUACAAUUUCAGCUACGUUGAUAAUGAGAAUGAGAGUUAUUUUACGUAUUCGAUGUACGAUCCUAAGAUUAUAUCACGAUUUGUUAUGGAAGUUUCGGGGCAAAUCACGCAACAGACUUGGUUGGAAACCACCGGGCUAUGGAACUUGUUUUGGUCUCAGCCGAGGGAGCAGUGCGAGGUUUACGCGUUUUGUGGGGCAUUUGGGGCUUGCAAUCAGAUUACACAGCCCUUCUGUAGAUGUUUGAAAGGGUUUAGUCCGGUUGGUGAUUGGAAUUUGAGAGAUUAUUCUGGUGGGUGUGCGAGGACAAAUAAGUUGCAGUGUGGGAAUACAAGUGUUGCUAAUCAGGAGUCGACAGAUAAGUUUCAUGAGUAUCCCAACGUGAGAUUGCCUGAUAAUUCACUGUCUGUUGCUUCUAGUAGCGCUGCCGAAUGUGCAUCUUCCUGCUUGAAUAACUGCUCUUGCACUGCUUAUUCCUAUUAUAGUAACGGGUGUUCGAUUUGGAUUGGGGAACUUGUGAAUCUGCAACUCUCACCAAAUGAUGGUACUGGAAGAACUCUUUAUCUCAGACUUGCUGCUUCUGAGUUUUCGAAGGGUAAAGAAAACAAGGGGAUAAUUAUUGGUGCUGUUGCGGGUUCAGUUGCAGGUAAAGAAAACAAGGGGAUCAUUAUUGGUGCUGUUGCGGGUUCAGUUGCUGUAGUACUACUUUUAGGCCUAAUGUUUAUUCUAAUCUGGAAGCGGCAAAGGAGGUUCGUUGGAAAAACAAAAGUGGAGGGCUCAUCGGUUGCGUUCGGAUACAGAGAUUUGCAAAUUUCUACGAAAAAUUUCUCACAGAAAAUGUUUACGCAUGAGGAACUUCGCGUUGCAACAAGGGAUUUCGAGGAGAGGCUUGGUGGUGGUGGGUUUGGCUCAGUGUUCAAAGGAGUGUUACCAGAUGGCACUGAGAUUGCAGUGAAGCGGUUAUAUAAAGUGGGCCGCGCAGUUAGGGAAUUCUUAGCAGAAGUUGAAACAAUUGGCAGCAUCCACCAUUUUAAUCUGGUGAGAUUGGUUGGGUUUUCUGCAGAGAAAUCUUGUCUUCUCGUAUACGAGUACAUGAGUAAUGGGUCUUUAGACAAAUGGAUCUUUCAUAGGGACCAAAAACCUUGUCUCGAUUGGGAAACCCGUAAGAAGAUUAUUCACCAGAUAGCCAAAGGGUUGGCCUAUUUGCAUGAAGAAUGCAGACAGAGAAUCAUUCACCUUGACAUAAAGCCACCCAACAUUCUCUUGGAUGCAAAUUUCAAUGCCAAAAUCUCAGAUUUCGGGUUAUCUAAGCUAGUAGACAGGGACGAUAGCCAGGUCCUGAUCACUUUGAGAGGAACACCUGGGUAUAUUGCUCCAGAAUGCGGCCAUUCAAAAAUCACAAUAAAAGUUGACAUCUACAGUUUUGGGAUUGUUCUCCUCGAAAUAGUUACCGGGAGGAGAAAUUUAGAUGGUACCCGAUCAGAAUCCAGCAAACAUCUACUCAGUUUGAUGCAGAAGAAGGCAAGGGAGUUUCAAUUACUUGACAUCGUGGAGAAUUUGAACGAGGAGAUGCCUGAAAAUCGAGAAGAAAUGUUGAGAAUGAUAAGAAUUGCAGCUUGGUGUUUACAAAAUGAUCCCACCAAAAGGCCUCUCAUGUCGACCGUGGUGAAGGUUUUGGAAGGAGUGAUGGAAGUGGAUCCAAGUAUCAGCUACAACUUCACCCAUGCAAUGGGAUCUGCUGCUUCUGUUGCCAAUGGCCAUGUUUCUGCAACACUACAAGCAUCAGUUCUUUCUAAUCCUAGAUGAAAAGCAACAAUUCAGGUAAAAGACAAGUAUAGUUGAUGUACUUAUAUAUAACUAGUAAAGUUGCACGUGCUACGCACGUGGGUGAUUUUGAAAUUUUGAAUAUUAAAGGUGAAGUGAACAAAGUUUUUCCUUUAUAUGCUUCAUUCUUCUAUUAUUAUUUUUUGCAGAGACGCUUUUG